AUGCUCAUCUCGUUCAAUAUGGCUGGUAUGGGAGAGUUUAUGGAGCACUCGAGUCCUACAAUGUUGAUUGAGGAUCUUGAGUUAGCAUCUACGACGAGUUCCGUUGUGAUCAGCGCCUCCAGCCCUUCGGAAACAAUGGAUAGCAAUACCACUACAGAGCCUUCUGACCCAAAUCAAGUGGUUGCUAUGCAUAGAUACGCAGACUGGAUUGUAGAAUUGCUCAUCGAUGACCUUUACAGGUCACGUGGGCCACAAGCCUCGAACAGACGGAUCGCUGGGGCAUCAAAGAAGGUCACCGAAGGUGCCUCGAACAAUCCGGAAGGCGGAAAGAAGGGGUUCAACGGAAAAGCCAGGGUUGAAUCAAAGUCCCAAAAACGCAAAGCACUGGGCGGUGAUGGGGAAAGUGAAGAUGAAGGUUCUCAGGACAAGAAGAGAAAGUCAUCUGAUAUUGGCAAAGACAACAAACGUUACCGUUGGGUCUGCCCAUUUGUAAAAUGGAAGCCAGAUGAGUACGCGUGCAAAGUUGGCCCCAUACAUUUCAGGAGUAUAAAAGAUCAUGUCAAGAAUGUCCACUGGAAAGAAUACUGCGACAGGUGUUGGAGCAUCUACGCAGAAAGCACGGAUGCAGCGGCACAUGGGAUUUGUAGAGAGAUCCCCCCCCGUUCUGACCCUCCGCCUGGACUUAUUACUUAUGAGAUGGGACACGAGAUCUUCACUAAACGCGCGGACGGUAGUGUGUCUCACGAGGAACAAUGGCACAGGCUCUACAGCGUGCUUUUCCCAGGUGAACAGCGCUGGCACAGUCCUUAUGUCAAUAAUGAGACGGGUGAUUUUAUGGACAAGGCGGAAGAUUGGUUUCGCAGCAAAAAAUGUCGCGAUAUCCUCGAAGAAGAAAUCUCAAAAUUGGAGUUCAAAGAGACCGAGCAGAAACAAGUUGCGAACUUGGUAUGGGACAAGGUUUUUCCACGAAUGUUCCAAGAGCAAGCUAUCAACGGCGAACGUUUCCGUAAACUGGUCUCAAACGGCCCCAAGGCCACCGCGAACGCCCAAUCUAACCAGGUCGCCAAUGCUGGUACGAGCAAGGCGAUUCCAGAGCCCGAUCCUCAGUAUCACACAUCCACACCAUCUCCCGGGGAAACAUUCAUCUCCUACCAGUUUCCUGAGAUGGAAUCGGGAGAAAUUCCCACGUUUGACCUACAAACUCCCGCGGGCGAGACAAUUCUUGGGGACGAUACUUUCAGCGGUUUGCUUAACUUGACUGGAUUUGAGGGUCCUCCAGAUGGCGUCGAUCCGCGAGAAUUGGAGGGCUGCUCUCAGGAUAUGCUUGGAAGUCUUCUUCCUGAUAAUUUUGAGAAUGCCUUGUACGAAAACCUUGAUACGGAUGAAAACUACUUGGCCUUUACUGCUGGUAUAUAUUAG